AUUGAAUAUUUUAUGUAAUAGACAAAUUUUGCGAAUCUCCAUGAAAAUUUUGUUUUUGGCAUGAAUGAAUAUAAUACUGGGGGGUAUCGUAAGCAUUUCUCAGCCGCGCUGUGUGAACGUGAUCAUUCAUAAAAGCUGCUUUUCCAAGUUUAAUGUUUCCAUGCCAAUCGAAUCCAGCAUGUCCACCACAAACCCACUCCUCACCUCGCGCCACGUGGCAGUAAUCGGCGCCGGCGCUGCUGGUAUUGUGGCGGCACGCGAGCUACGGCGAGAAGGUCAUCGGGUGGUGGUUUUCGAGCGGGGGGACCAAGUGGGUGGGACGUGGGUGUACAGUACGGAGGUCGAAUCGGAUCCGCUAGGGUUGGACCCGAAGCGAAGCGUGGUCCACUCGAGCCUGUACGAGUCGCUCCGAACCAAUCUGCCUCGGGAGAGUAUGGGAUUCCGUGAUUACCCCUUCAGGAAGAGGGAGGGGAAGGGGAGGGAUUCUAGAAGGUUCCCAAGUCACAGCGAGGUUUUGAUGUAUUUGCAGGAUUUCGCUACUGAUUUUGAGAUCAAUGAAUUGGUGAGGUUUCGAACGGAGGUGGUGUUCGCUGGGUUGGGUGAAGGUGGAAAAUGGAGGGUCACAUCAAAAUCGCAAGAUAGUGAUAGUGUUUUUGUGGAUGAGAUUUACGAUGCUCUCGUUGUUUGCAAUGGACGCUACGUUCAGCCUCGCCUUCCUCAUAUUCCUGGCAUUAAUGCAUGGCCAGGGAAGCAGAUGCAUAGCCAUAAUUAUAGAACACCUGAGCCCUUUCAAGAUCAAGUUGUAGUUCUAAUAGGUGGUGCUGCUAGUGCGGUUGAUAUCUCUCGAGAUGUUGCAACAGUUGCUAAAGAAGUCCACAUUGCAGAUAGGUCAGUUGAAGAAGCUAAGCUAGGGAAGGUGCCCGGCCAUGAUAACAUGUGGCUUCAUUCAAUGAUUGACAGCGUUCAUGAAGAUGGUACAAUUGUUUUCCAAGAUGGAAAUGCAGUUGGUGCUGACUCCAUUAUAUAUUGCACAGGGUACAAGUAUGAUUUCCCUUUCCUUGAAACCAACGGGGAGGUGAGUGUAGAUGACAACCGUGUAGGACCACUUUACAAGCAUGUUUUCCCACCAGCGUUGGCUCCAUGGCUUUCAUUUGUUGGGUUGCCUUGGAAGGUUCUUCCCUUCAUUAUGUUCGAACUGCAAAGCAAAUGGAUAGCUGGAAUUUUGUCUAAUCGCAUUGCACUUCCUUCAGAAGAGGAGAUGGCUGAAGAUAUUGAAGCAUUUUACUCGUCACUCGAAGCCUCUGGGACUCCUAAGCGUUACACUCAUAAUUUGGCUCUUCUUCAGUGGGAUUACGACAACUGGAUUGCGGAUCUGUGUGGGUUGGCUCCUGUUGAAGAAUGGAGAAGGCAAAUGUAUAUGGCCGUCUCUAAGAACAAGGUCUUGCGACCCGAAUCUUACCGUGACGAGUGGGAGGAUGACGACUUGGUUCUGCAAGCUCAACAUGCUUUUGCUAAUUAUAUGAUCUGAUGUCGUCACAAGUCCUAAUCCAAGCCAAUUAUGCACUCUGCCUCCAAUUCAGUGUUGAGAAUAACGAUCACAAAGUCAACUAUACCGCGCAGUUUCAAAGAAAGAAGUUAAUUUGAUAUUUAAAAGUAAUAACGUUAUUAUAUAUUCAGAGCGCUUUUUAUAAUUCAUCCAUUAGUAAACAUGUGUUGGCGAUGUGAUCGCUUGUUAUUUUAGUUUUAGUGUUUUACUGUUUCC